UGCUUUUGCAACACUGCUAAAAUGCUCCACCUCCAUAUCUUUUCAUAAAAUAACAAAAAAAGAGAUUGUAUCGUCGAUUUGGGAGUCCUGCGGUAUUUGAACAUACAUAUGUAAUGCACCAUGGAGUUCUGUGCGGAACUGACUGGCCUGGACGAGGACUCCAUUGAGCCCUGCCGGACAUGCGGCAUCUACUUUACCAUGGGCCUAGACAUGGAUCAGGCAAUUGUAAAACCCAUUUUUGGCUUGGAUGAGGCAGCCGUCGCAAGCAUGGCGGAGAUCCUUGAGCAGCUGAGUGCUUGGAACAUUCAGGUUGUGCGGGAGGACGGACGACCGCAGUACAUGUGCAUCCCCUGCAUUACCGAGUUCGAACGGCUGCUCAAGUUCAAGCGCAGCUGCCUGGAGACGCAGGAGCAGUACGGCGAACUGGAGUACCAGCGCGAGCACAACGGCAUCGUGAUCAAGCGGGAAAUCGAGCCGGAAGAGCAGAAGUUCUGCGGAUUCAUAUACCUAGACACAGACGAUGAGGAGAUCAGCGACGAGGACGGCAGCAGACGCGUAUGCGCCGCCUUCGACAUACCGCACGUGCCAAUCAAGGAGGAGCACAUGGCCAGGGUGCCAGAGCCGAGCAGUACCCAGUUCCAGCCACCAGAGGCCAAUGAACUUGCGCCAAACGUUGAGUCCGGAUUCGACAUGAUGGACCACGAUGCAUUGACCGCAAGCAUGUUUGCGGCGUCCAGCGAGGAUGCAUCUGGCAUGGCCGACGAUGGCGACAUCGAAGACGAUGAGGAUAUAGUCAAGUUCACAUACGACGAUGACUGCGACGAAACGGCCCCACUGCCGCCGCCCAUUUAUUCGCCGAUUGUUUCCUGCAAGCUGUGCCUUCACGAUUCGCCCGACCAGGAGGCGCAUCUGGACCACAUGCGUAGCACCCACCUCCUAAAAGACUGGGAGUGCCAUAUAUGCGCCAAAAAGUUCACAAAUGCCCAAGAGUCGCGCAUCAAGUUCCACAUUAAGUAUCACAAGCUGCAAAGGCAUAUAAAGUGUCCCGUCUGCGGGUUCAUCUGCAACUCAAAAGAGAGCCUCAAGGAGCACAGACAAGCCGUCCACGCUCGCACCAAGUGCACUUACUGUGGCAAGACUGUGAAAAACGCAGUGCUGCAAUCACAUUUAAAAAAGCAUUUAAGGGAGGGUGAGGCCGAACUAGCCGAGAAACUAAAACUGCUGGAGGAACUGCCGGUAAAUGUUUCCAACACUGAGGCUUUUUCUCCUUCACUGUCCGCGUCUUCGCUUGAAACGAAUGAUGCAGGAGUAGCUUCACUCCUAUCCAAUGUCUCCCAAAUCAGCGAGCCUUUUGUUUCUCACGAGUCAACUAUGCCUGAAGACUUAAAUGUUACUGAAUACUCUGAAGUAGUUGAGGACUCUAAUGCUUCUGAGGAAUCGAAAGUACUGGAAAACACUACCAACUCUCGGUCAUCUUCUUCUGCACUCGAGCCUCCAGUAGAUAUUCUGUAUCCGAUGGAUCCACCGGCUUCUGUAGACGUUCCUGUUCCACCCGCUUCUCCGCCUUCCGUGCCCACGAUUACUGUCAUUCAGUGCGCUUUCUGCAGCGACACUUUUGAGGAGGCCCAGCAGUUGCAGGCUCAUGUGCUGGCCGCUCACACGAAGACACGCAAGAGGCCUCGGUCUCCAGAAAGUACUUUCCCAAUGAGGAGAACUAGGCAGGGGAAACUUUCAAAGCAAUCCGAGCAGCUAAGCACCAACAACGAAGAAAGCUUCGCACAAGAAGAAGGCUCUGCCCAAAAACACAGCACCGCCCAGCAGGAGAGCAGAACUGAAGUGAGCCUUAAUGGCAGCUCAACUGCCGAGCAGGGGCCAGGGAAAUCCUACAUCUCUUGUCACGUCUGCGGCAAAUCCUUCGACUUAAAAAUUAAGCUUAAUCGACAUCUUAAGCAGCACAAUACGUUACCAUAAUAAUCAAUUUGGGUAGAACCAUUUUAAGAUGUUCAAUUCCUUUAUCGGCUUCUUUUGAUUUUGGCCCAUUUACACCAUAAAUUUACAUUUAAUUUUCUCAGUCUGAAAGCAAUUUGGCUUGCGAAGUAGUCCCAUAUGUAUUUAAGUUCAAUAAAAUAAAAUCUAGCCUGUAUGCAGGUAAAUAAAUGAAUCUAAAACACA